AUGAUGCAACACUACUCCUGCGACCGAUCCAAGGAGAAGUAUAUGCAGCAAAGGAUCGAGUUGCUCAACUUAUUUGGAGAAGCUUCUGGUCUGAGCGACCACAGGAUCGUCGCCAAACCAGAGUGCCAGAUAUGGGUCAUCGUCCCAGCGGGAGGUUGCAACUCCCAGAAAGAGAAGGACCUCUCGGGGAUGGUAGUACCCAUCCGGUCCCAAACCUCACCAGCCAAGGCGCAGUCGAAGAAGAGGUGUCUCCCCGUCUCCGGGAGAUGGCAGACGGCGCAGAUGGCAGAUGGCACGCAGUUUUUGGCGAAGAGGUUGGCCCGCAUGAUGGACAGCUCUAUGGCUUCUGGGAUUGACAAUGAGAAAGCAACUACAGACGUUGAUGACUCUAGAUGGGAGGCUUUUGAUAUUUCAUCUUCAGAAGAUGAAUAUGAAGUACCUUCGUCUGAUGAUGAUGAUAGCAUUUUUGGUGAUCCUGUAUCUGAGUCUGAUAAUAUGGACAUCGAUGAUGAAGACAGCAUAAGAGAGACAGAUGAUGAACCCACUUCUGAAAAUACGAGUGAUGUUGUUGUAAUCAGAAACAGUGAGCUUACCUACUAUGGGGAUUCUGAUUUGGAAGACUUUGCUUAUGAAGAGGAUAUUCCUGAGCAGUCGAAAUCAUUAGAAGGGGGGGUUUCACAGCUGUCAAAAUCUGAAUGCAAAAGCGAAGUGACAGGAAGUUCCCAGUUGGACCAUACUAAGCAGGAAGAUAAUAAGGAUCCAUAUGAUAUUGAUGCUGAAAUGAGCAGACAGCGAGAGUAUGAGGCUGUAAGGGCCAUGAUCUUUGUUUCCGAAGAGGCUGCCUAUUAUUUCUACAACAAGUAUGCCAAAGAACAUGGUUUUAGCAUUCGACGCGAGAAGAAAAAGGAACGCCUUGAUGAAUUAGGGACACCCACCAUUCGUGUGUCGUAUAACAGGAAAAAGGGUGUUUGGACUGUUCUGAGAUUUGACGACAAUCACAACCAUAAGCCUGCUACAGCUGAUCAAAUCGCUUUUAUGAGGUCUCAUAGAAAGAUCAAGGCUCAUCAGAAAUCUAGGAUCAUGUCACUGGGAGCUGCUGGGAUGAGAUUAUUCAACAUUAUGAGGACAUUUAUCAGUGACAAUGGAAAAUACAGCAGGGUAGGAUUUGUAAGAAAGGAUCUUUACAACAUGUCUUGCCGUGAAAAGAGGAAGAUGCUUGCAAAGGGUCACGCCAACACAACCAUUGGCAUUAUGGAGAAGAGGAAGCGAGAUGAUCCUGAAUUCUAUUUUGAUUACAAGCUUGGUAAAGGUGGAAAAUUGUUACACCUGUUCUGGUGUGAUUCUCAGUCUCGGCAGGACUAUGCCGACUUCGGUGACGUGCUGGUGUUUGACAGCACGUACAAAACAAAUCGGUAUGCUAUGCCGUUCAUACCUUUUGUGGGAAUAAACAAUCACCGCCAGACUACUGUUUUUGCAUGCGCCAUUGUCUCGGACGAAAAGGAAGUAACAUACAAGUGGUUGUUAGAAACAUUCCUGAAAGCCAUGUAUCAGCAGAAGCCUAAAGGGAUCAUCACUGAUGGGGACGCUGCAAUGAUCGCCGCUGUUGGUAAAGUCUUUCCAGGCGUGUGGUACCGUGUUUGUACGUGGCAUAUUGAGAAGAACAUGAAGAAGCACAUUGACUCCCUGGCUCACAAUGAAUUCCGGUCGCUGCUGUACUACACCACUUCAGAACAAGUAUUCGAGGAGAGAUGGAGGGCAUUCAUCGAGAAGCACCAGACGGAAUUAACCAAAGAAUGGAUGAAGAGGAUGUAUAGGAGGAAGAAGUUGUGGUCAGCCGCGUAUCUAGCGAAUGGAUAUUUCCUCGGAAUGAAAAGCAACCAGAGGAGCGAGAGUUUGAACUCCACCCUACACACCCACCUUGACUUUGGACUGACAAUGGUGGAUAUGGUUGUGCACUACGAGAAUAACAGUAGCCGUGUCCGGGAGGAAGAGGCCCGCCAGGACACCAUAGACUCUCAGACAGUACCGGUUGCAGUUACCAGGUACAAGGAUAUAGAGAUGUCUGCUGCCCGUAAAUUCACUGCUACAAACUUCUACCUCGUUCAAGGGGAGCUGAAAAAGAUUGGGGGCCUAGAGAUUGUAGAUCAACUUGGAUGUGCUGGUGGGUUAACAACCUUCGUUGUGUCAUGGAUGAAUAACCGUAAGUAUUUGUUUUCAGUGGAGUACAGACCUGAAAGCAAAGAGGAAACAAUAACGUGCAGCUGCCGAAGGAUGUAUCGGAAAGGGCUACCUUGCAAGCACAUCUUGUUUGUUUUGCAUUUUGUGGGGUGCUCUGAAAUUCCGAACUGUUGUGUUCUCCAAAGGUUCUCGAAGGAUGCAAGGUAUGGUUUGCCCUCGAGACGCGAGAGUGAUUUGUACGGAUGGGGAUGGGAAGGGGUAGCUGAGCGGAGAAAGCAUAGCGAGCUUACCCAAAUUGGAGCAGAAGCUUUUGAUGCAGCAUUGCAUGACCCAGAAUCUUACAGCGAGCUUAUGAAAUGUAUGAAAGGCAUAAUACACAGGAGAAAAGGUGACCAGAACAGUCGUUCAACGGCUUACCAUGAGGACGCACAAAACAGAGGAGAUGCACCAGUAGUGGGUGAUCCUGAUAAAGCUGAGACCAAAGGAGCACCUAAACAAAACAAGAAGUACUAUAAGGACAAGGAUACGAAUCAACAGACGUCAAAACAUGGCAGGAUACUGUCACACGACGAGCGGAAGAAGGAGAGGUUGUGCACUGCUUGCAAUCAACCAGGUCAUAACAGAAACAACAAGAUGAAGUGCAGGCUACAUAAGGAGUGA